ACGCCCACUUUAUCUCGCAAUCUGACGACAACGUGUCGUUGAUCAGCUUUGUGUGUUUUGUCCAGUCAUGAGCUCCGCGCAAGUUAGCAAACAGAGAAAGGCGUUCUUGAGCCAGGCUCCUCCGCCCGGCUACGUUCCUGGUCUCGGCAGAGGUGCUACUGGAUUCACGACUCGUUCGGAUAUCGGACCAGCCCGCGAGGCAGGCGACAUCUCGUGAGUGUAGUCACGACUAUGGUAGGUUGGCAACCAGGUGUGACCCGAUCCUUUGUUUUGUUUCCAUAGCGAUGAGCGGCACCCUCGACCGGGGAAGAAGUCCAAAACAGAUGACGAUGACAGGUCAGAUGAAGAAGAUCUCAACGAAGCCAAUUUCGAUGAGUUCAAUGGGUACGGAGGUUCGCUGUUUUCCAGUGGGCCAUACGACGCAGACGAUCGCGAGGCUGACAGGAUCUACAACUCCAUCGACUCCCACAUGGACAAGAGGAGGAAGGAGAGGAGGGAGAAGAGGUUUCAGGAGGAGAUUGAAAAGUUCAGGCAGGAACGACCAAAGAUUCAACAGCAGUUCUCUGACUUAAAGAGGGCACUAUCGAGGGUGUCAAACGACGAAUGGCUCAGUAUUCCGGAUGUGGGAGACGCCAGGAACAAAAGGGAGAGAAAUCCCCACGUUCGACCUGAUAGGUAUACACCAGUUCCUGAUACAGUCCUCCAGAGAGCCAUAAACCAGACUGGGAGACACAACACGCUCUCUGCAGCCCAGCUGGCUGGAGGGUACAUCACCCCAUACCCCGGAACCCUCACCCAAAUCGGGGGGACCAUUACCCCGGGGUUCGCCACCUCUACCCACAUCGACCUCAAGCAGAUCGGAGAGGCCAGAAACUCCAUGCUAGGGGUUAAACUCGACCAGGUAUCGGACUCUGUAUCGGGCCAGACUGUGGUGGAUCCAAAGGGUUAUCUGACGGACCUCAACAGCAUCACACCGCAGAGUACCGGAGACAUCAAUGACGUGAAAAAAGCCAGACUACUCCUAAAGUCUGUCAUUACCACCAACCCCAGCCACGCUCCAGGUUGGAUUGCGUCGGCGAGACUUGAAGAAGUAACAGGGCACAUUCAGAAGGCUCGAAACAUCGUCAUGCAGGGUUGCGACGCUUGCCCAAAGAACGAAGAUGUUUGGCUUGAGGCUACCAGACUGCAGCCGGAUGAUCAGGCCAAAGCAGUCAUAGCGCAGUCCAUCCGCCAACUGCCACAGUCAGUGAAGCUGUGGAUCAAGGCCACUGAACUGGAGACCGAGGUUUCUGCUAAGAGAUCUGUCCUUCGCAAAGCUCUGGAGCAGAUACCGACGUCGGUUCGUGUCUGGAAGGCGGCCAUUGAGCUGGAGGAGGUCGAAGACGCCAAAAUCCUCCUCAACAGAGCCGUGGAAUGCUGUCCUCUGUCAGUGGAGCUCUGGCUGGCUCUGGGAAGGCUGGAAAGCUACGAGAACGCUCGGAAGGUACUGAACAAGGCCAGGGAGAACAUCCCGACCGACCGACUCAUCUGGAUCACUGCCUCGAAACUGGAGGAGAGCCAGGAGAACCUCCACAUGGUGCCCAAGAUCAUUGAGAGAGCAUUGUCAUCUCUGCAAGCUAACCUGGUAGAGAUCAACAGAGACCAGUGGAUCACUGACGCAGAGGAGUGCGAGAACUCUGGCUCUGUGCACACCGCACAGGCCAUCAUUCACGCAGUGAUCAGUAUAGGAGUUGAGGAUGAGGACAGACUGGACCAGUGGGUGGAGGACGCCGAAAGUUGCACAGCUCACGAGGCGUACCAGUGUGCCAGAGCUAUCCACGCACACAUGCUCAAGGUGUUCCCGAGCAAGAAGAAUGUGUGGCUGCGAGCCGCCUACUUUGAGAAGAGCCACGGGAGUCGGCAGCAGCUGGAGGAGCUGCUGCAGAAGGCAGUGGCCCACUGCCCCAAGGCUGAGGUCCUGUGGCUGAUGGGGGCAAAGUCAAAAUGGCUGUCUGGAGACGUCCCAGCAGCUCGGUCCAUUCUGGCCCUAGCGUUCCAGGCCAACCCCAACAGCGAGGAAAUCUGGUUGGCUGCCGUCAAACUCGAAAGUGAAAGCGGAGAGUUUGAGCGUGCCCGCCGGCUGCUCGAGAAGGCUCGGAGCAGUGCGGGGACAGGUAGGGUCAUGAUGAAGUCUGCUAAACUGGAGUGGGUCCUGAAAGACCUCACAAAGGCUAGAGAGCUCCUGGAAGAGGCUCUAGAGAAGCAUCCAGACUUCGCAAAGCUGUGGAUGAUGAGAGGGCAACUCGAAGAGGAGCGAGGAGACAUCGCAGUCGCUAGGGACAUCUACAACAGAGGAGUAUGUCCCUGUCUCUCACCGGCACACACACACACACUUACUUCUCUCUCUUCAGGUCAAGAAAAUCCCAAACUCCGUCCCAAUUUGGCUCCUACUCUCAAGACUGGAGGAGAGAAACAACAACAUCACAAAGGCUCGUUCGAUUCUUGAGAACGCACGUCACAAGAACCUGCAGACUCCGGAGCUGUGGUUGGAGGCGGUACGGGUCGAGGUCAGGGGUGAGAAGAAGAGCAUCGGUAUGGGACUGAUGGCAAAGGCCCUCCAGGAGUGCCCCUCGUCUGGGAUCCUGUGGGCGGAGGCCAUAUUCAUGGAGCUACGUCCUCAACGGAAGACGAAGAGCGUCGAUGCACUGAAGAAGUGUGAACAUGACGCUCACGUUCUCUUAGCUGUGGCCAAGCUGUUUUGGACUGAGAGGAAGAUCAGUAAGGGAAGAGAGUGGUUUCAAAGAGCCAUUAAAAUCGACCCUGAUCUGGGAGACACCUGGGCCUACUUCUACAAGUUUGAACAGCAGCACGGGACUGAGGCGCAACAGGAAGCAGUCAGGAAGAGGUGCAACGUGGCCGAGCCGCGCCACGGCGAGGCGUGGUGCGCCGUCUCCAAGGACAUGAAGAACUGGCAGAAACACACGGACCAGCUGCUGCCACUUGUCGCUAACUCUCUCCCCAUCCCCAUGUAGCAGGGGUGCCACACUCCUCCCUCCAUUAUUCCAACCAACGUCACAUUGUCACGAGUUUAAUAACUCCAAUUAUGUGCAAUUGUGUGCGCCUCUUAACGCAACUUAGUGUCUUAGUAUCUUGUACAGAAACUAACGUAUUUUUCAUGUUACAACUUUCACAAUUUUCAUUGGCUUGUAGUAUAACUUUCUCACGUUGUGGGAAGUGCAUCUGCUGUAAAAAGUCUUGUACAUAGUAUAACUUUCUCACGUUGUGGGAAGUGCAUCUGCUGUAAAAAGUCUUGUACAUAGUAUAACUUUCUCACGUUGUGGCAAGUUCAUCUGCUGUAAAAAUUCUACCUGUAUCGUGUUGAUUAGUAUACCUUCAUGUGUUUCUAUAUUCAACAAUAUUGUAUGAUUAUCGUGAUGAUGUGCUAUUUAGUUGCUAGUGUCCUCUCGAGGUGUCUCUCGUUCUGAGCUAUUAGUCUGUGGUUCAUGAAGACGAGUUGACCGCAGGGCAGGAAAUGGUGGAGGAUAGCAGCUGUCUUCUCUGCCUUGAGCAAAAUCUCUGCAUUCUUCUGUUCCAGUGAAGUGACGUGAUCACGAAUCAGUCUUGUUAUGACGGCGAGCACUAUUUCGGCCAGUAGCCUGUUCUCAUCCAACUCACAUAUCAUCACAUACGCACAUCUGCAGCCGCAUAUAGUAUCGGUGCAAUGCAAUCGACGUCACUGGGUCACUUAAUUCAGAAUAGGCACAUCCGUACUCAGAGGUACUGUAAUUACAUUAAACGUGUCGUGAACAAAAGCAACUCAAAUACCCAUUUCUCUAGCAAAAAUGGUGACCAAAAAAACACCUCAACUUACUCUUCAAUGACGCUCCAAACCACUGCUUUAGCCGAAAGAAAUGGGUCGCCAGGAUACAACCUGUUCAAAAUACACCCUUCCCACUUUUUCAGGCCUGU